AUGACUUCCUCCUGCAUCAGCUCAUGCCACUCUCUGAGCUGCACCAACACUCCUGGAGCAAGAAACAUCUGCAUCUCCUCCACUGACACUGGAGACCAGCUUGGGGCAGAGGUCAAUGCUGCCCUUCUGGACCUCUCGGCCACCCUGGCACACGCCAACCGAGUCCGAGUGGGCACAACCCCUCUCGGUCGACCCAGCCUCUGUCUGCCCCACAGCUGCAACACCGCCUGUCCUUUGCUGGGGACCUGCGACAUUCCCGGCAACAUUGGAAUCUGCGGAACCUUCAGUGAAGGCUUCUUCAACAGCCAUGAGAAGGAGACCAUGCAGUUCUUGAACGACCGGCUGGCCAGCUACCUGGAGAAGGUGCGCGGGCUGGAGCGGGACAAUGCGAAGCUGGAGAGCCAAAUCCGAGAGUUGAGCAAAUGCCCUGAGUCCACCGUGUGUCCAGAUUAUCAGAGCCACUUCCGCAUCAUCGAGGAGCUGCAGCAGAAGAUCCUGUGCAGCAAGGCUGAGAACGCCAGGCUGAUCAUCCAAGUGGACAAUGCUAAGCUGGCUGCUGAUGACUUUAGAAUCAAGCAUGACAGUGAGCGCUCCCUGCGCAUGGCGGUGGAGGCAGACCUGUGUGGGCUGCACAAGAUCCUGGAUGACGUGAGCCUGGCUAAGGCUGACCUGGAGGCCCAGCAGGAGUCCCUGAAGGAGGAGCAGCUCUGCCUCAAGAGCAACCACGAGCAGGAAGUGAACACUCUGAAGUGUCAGCUGGGAGAUAAGCUCAAGAUUGAGCUGGAUGUGGUGCCCACCGUGGACCUGGGCAGGGUGCUGGAGGAGAUGCGGGGCCAGUAUGAGGCCAUGGUGGAGACCAACCUCCGUGACGUGGAGCAGUGGUUCCAAACUCAGUCUGAAGGCAUCAGCCUGCAGGCCAUGUCCUGCUCAGAGGAGCUGCAGCGCUGCCAGUCGGAGGUCCUGGAGCUUCGACGCACGGUGAACACCCUGGAGGUGGAGCGCCAAGCCCAGCACAAUCUGAAGGACUGUCUGCAGAACUCUCUGUGUGAAUCUGAGGCCCGCUUCGGCACCGAGCUGGCCCAGAUGCAGAGCCUCAUCAGCAACGUGGAGGAGCAGCUGUCAGAGAUCCGGGCUGACCUGGAGCGGCAGAACCAGGAGUACCAGGUGCUGCUGGAUGUCAAGGCCCGGCUGGAGUGUGAGAUCAAGACUUACCAGAACCUUCUGGAGAGUGAAGACUGCAAACUCCCCUGCAAUCCCUGCUCUAUGCCUGCCUCUAGACCCUUCAUCCCAGCAGUGCUCUGCCUGCCUGCACCAGCACUAAGAGCCAGUUCUGAAGGGCUGUGUCCCAGUGCAGGAGAUCCAGGCUGCUUGUGCCGGGGCUAG